UAUUUAGACCCUUUGCUGUGACACUCAUAUAUUUAACUCUGAUCAUCCUUGAGAUGGUUCUACACCUUCAUUUGAGUCCAUGUUUGAUUAUACUGAUUGGACUUGAUUAGGAAAGCCACACACCUGUCUAUAUAAGACCUUACAGCUCACAGUGCAUGUCAGAGCAAAUGAGAAUCAUGAGGUCAAAGGAACUGCCUGAAGAGCUCAGAGACAGAAUUGUGGCAAGGCACAGAUCUGGCCAAGGUUACAAAAAAUCCUUAAAUGGAAGACGUUUGGGAUGACCAGAACCCUUCCUAGAGCUGGCCUUCCGGCCAAACUGAGCUAUCGGGGGAGAAGAGCCUUGGUGAGAGAGGUAAAGAAGAACCCAAAGAUCACUGUGGCUGAGCUCCAGAGAUGCAGUCAGGAGAUGGGAGAAAGUUGUAGAAAGUCAACCAUCACUGCAGCCCUCCACCAGUCGGGGCUUUAUGUCAGAGUGGCCCGACGGAAGCCUCUCCUCAGUGCAAGACACAUGAAAGCCCACCUGAAGGACUCCAAGAUGGUGAUAAAUAAGAUUCUCUGGUCUGAUGAGACCAAGAUAGAACUUUUUGGCCUUAAUUCUAAGCGGUAUGUGUGGAGAAAACCAGGCACUGCUCAUCACCUGUCCAAUACAGUCCCAACAGUGAAGCAUGGUGGUGGCAGCAUCAUGCUGUGGGGGUGUUUUUCAGCGAGGGAAAGAUGAAUGCGGCCAAGUACAGGGAUAUCCUGGACAAGAACCUUCUCCAGAGUGCUCAGGACCUCAGACUGGGCCGAAGGUUUACCUUCCAACAAAACAAUGACCCUAAGCACACAGCUAAAAUAACGAAGGAGUGGCUUCACAACAACUCCGUGACUAGAGUCAAGCGGCCCAGCCAGAGCCCUGACUUAAACCCAAUUGAGCAUCUCUGGAGAGACCUAAAAAUAGCUGUCCACCAAUGUUUACCAUCCAACCUGACAGAACUGGAGAGGAUCUGCAAGGAGGAAUGGCAGAGGAUCCCCAAAUCCAGCAGCAGGGGCAACAUGAAAGAUGAGAUGGAUAUAAAGCAAGUCGAUAAGGAUGAAGAGGAUGAAGAUGAAGGUUUCUUUGGUCCAGCUCUUCCCCCAGGAUAUCAAAAGCAAGAAAAAUCACCUGAAGGGCCACCUUUACUAGGACCUGCCCUCCCUCCAGGAUUUAAAAAACAAGAUGAAGAUGAUGAUGAUGAAGAUGCAAAAGACGAUACCGGAGGGUUUUCAGGACCAGCUUUACCACCAGGAUAUCGAAAGCAGGACAGAUCUACUGAACGACCACCUGUAAUAGGACCUGCUCUGCCUCCAGGCUUUAAAAAACAUGAUACAGAUGAGGAUGAAGAUGAAGAGGAGGGGAAAGGUGAUGCUAGAGGAUUUUUAGGACCAGCUCUACCACCAGGUUAUACACCAGCAGAGUCAAGCGGUGAAGAAGAAGAAGAUGAUUAUGUCAUUGGACCCAUGCCAUCAAAAGGACCGUCCCAGGACUCUGUGGCAUUGGACUUUGAAAGAAGAGCACAAAGAAUGAAAGACAAACUUACCGGAGUAGAUACUGGCCCCAAAGUGCUCUCCAGAGAGAGCUGGAUGACAGAGUUGCCUCCGGAGUUGCAGCAUGUGGGCCUGGAAGCACGAACCUUUAAGAAAAGAUCAGGCCCUGAGAACAAAGACCGCUCAGUUUGGACUGACACUCCCGCUGACCGUGAGCGAAAAGCUAGGGAACGACUAGAGGCUAAGGAAAAAGGUGAAUCUGCCAGGGACGAUGGGCCUCGUCUGUCUCAGAAAGAGCUUGAGAUGGCUGAAAAAGUUUCAAAAUAUAAUGAGACUAAGCGUGGUGAAUCUCUCAUCAGUAUGCACGCUACGAAGAUGAAGAGAAAAGCUGAGGAGGAUGCUAAAAAGCCUGUGGAAAGAAGACCCUUUGACAGAGACCAGGAUCUCCAAGUCAAUCGGUUUGAUGAGGCUCAAAAAAAAGCUUUGCUCAAGAAGUCACAAGAGCUGAACACCCGCUUUUCACACAGCAAAGACCGCAUGUUUCUAUGAGGGACAUUCAACAAAUUUAUCUCUUUUUAUCAAGGAUUUUCCUAAAGGACAUUGUACUGCUUUGGAAUCCUUGAAGCAUCAUCACCAUCAAAACAUUAUGUGCUUUGUUGACAAAAUGUAAAAUUUGGAGGACCGACUGUUCCUCAGUUAUUUUCUUUUUAUAUACCAGUGUCUAAUUGUAAGAGAGAGUACAUUUAAAGUUAGAUAAUUUUGUGACUUCUAUACGUUUUUGGGCCGCCUUUUUUAUUGGCAGUGAACACUUGAGUAUUAUUGUUUAUAUCCAGUGACAUACUUACAUUAUUCCCUUGAAUUUUGACAGUUUUAUGUUUUUGGGUUAUGUAUUGUUCACCAGAGUGUGCUUUCCUCAUAGAAUAUGCCAAGUUCAAAUCACUUGAACUUCACCCUAAAAAUUUAUAGAAUUUAUAUUUUGCCUAAUUUAAAGUGAAGACUAUUUUAGGACCAUUUUUGUUGUGUCAUAACACCUCAUCCCAAAUUAUUAUUACCUUAAUGAUUCAAAAGUACGAUGCUGAAAAUGUAAAUUCUAAAUUAUUACCAGUUGAGGUCAAAAGUUUAUGUACACCCUGCUAAAUCUGGAAAAUGUUAAUUAUUUGGCAAAAUAAGAGGGAUCAUACAAAAUGCAUGUUGUUUUUUUUAUUAAGUACUGACCUGAAUAAUAUAUUUCACAUAAAAUACAUUUACAUAUAGUCCGCAAGAGAAAAUAAUAGUUGAAUUUGUAUUGAACCCAUUCAAAAGUUUACAUACAAUUUAUUUUUAAUACUGUGUUGUUAUAUGAAUGAUCCACAGCUGUUUUUUUAAGUGAUAGUUGUUCAUGAGUCCCUUGAUUGUCCUGAACAUUUAAACUGCCCACUGUUCUUCCUAAAAACCAUACAAUGCAUUAAGAGCCAGGGGUGAAAACUUUAAAAAAAAUUGAAGAUCAGGGUAAAUUUAAACUUAUUUUGUCUUCUGGGAAACAUGUAAGUAUCUUCUGUAGCUUCUGAAGGGCAUCAGAAGCUAGCUUCAUGAGUCCCUUGUUUGUCCUGAACAAAUAAACUGCCUGCUUUUCUUCAGAAAAAUCGUUCAGUUGCCACAAAUUCUUUAUUUUUUUCAGCAUUAUUGUAAAUUUGAACCCUUUCCAGCAAUCACUGUAUAAUUUUGAGAUCCAUCAUUUCACACUGAGGACAACAUAUGAGGGACUCUUAUGCAACUAUUACAGAAGGUUCAAAUGCUCACAGAUGCUUCAGAAGGAAAUACAAUGCAUUAAGAGCUGAUGGGUGAAAACUUUUUGAUUUGAAGAUCAGGGUAAAUUUAACUUAUUUUGUCCUCUAUAGAUUCUGAAGGGCAGUUCUACAUGAAAAAAAAAAUAUGAAAAUUGUACACAUCUUCAUUCUUUUCAAAAGUUUUCACCCCUGUCUCUUAAUGCAUCGUUUUCCUUCUGGAGCAUCAGUGAGUGUUUGAUCCUUUUGUAAUAGUUGCAUACGAGCUCAGUUGUCCUCAGUGUGAAAAAAUGAAUUUCAAAAUCAUACAGUCAUUGUUGGAAAGAAUUUGUGGGACCUGUAGGAUUUUUCUGAUUAACAGCGGGCAGUUUAAUUGUUGAGGACAAACAAGGAACUCAUGAACAACAAUCGCUAAACAAAAAGAAGAAAAAAACAGCUGCGGAUCAUUCAGGUAACAACACAGUAUUAAGAAUCAAGUGCAUGUAAACCUUUGAACGGAAUCAUUUUUAAAAAUUUAACUAUUAUUUUUUUGUAGCCAUCUUUUAUGUGAAAUAUCUUAUUCAGGUCAGUACUAAAUAAAAAUUAACAUGCAUUUUGUAUGAUCCCUCUUGUUUUGGUAAAAUAAUUAACAUUCUGCAGAUUCUGCAAAGUGUAUGUAAACUUUUGACCUCAACUGUAUGUCAGUUUUUGGUUGUAUUUUGAUUUAUGUAUUUGUCCAAUAUUCCGUUUAAAUUCAUUACAUCGUUUUUGUACAGUACACUAUUACUAUAUUACAGUAAUGAGAAUCAGCAUUCAUAAUGAUAAUGUUACAUUGCAAACAAUCGUGAUGGUCUGAAAAAUAUUCAUUUUUUGUUGCCCCUUGUAAAAAUGUCAUUUUUGUUUUAUUGCGAUAUAAUUUAGAUAAUACGUUUGACUCUACAAGGUUCACCUGAAUUGUUUGUGGGACGUUUUUAUGCUAUCAGAAAUGUAAAAUGUGAACUCCUGUAAAUAAAUACCUCUCAAUAACACGCUCGCUUCUAAAUAAGCAUUUUACCAGAAAUGAGGACCGUUUGU